AAAUAUUAAUCCAACCCUUACAAAACCCUGGAUUGUGAGGUUUGUCAAGUGAUGUUUUCGUUUCAUACAACCCAUAUCGUUCAUAGUAGAGGGAGCUGGGCUUAGCAUGCUAGCAGCCAGUUGUAAUUAAAGGUGUAGACAUGGUUUUUACCUAAAACUAAUAUUGGGUUACUCUGCAUAUUUUAACUCCCGGGUUCUGCUCCAGCGGGUGGAUUUGCUUGCAUUUCAAUGGACACUUUGUCAACAACAGCUGCUGAUGCUACGCGGGUCAAGGUAGAUCUACUAGAUCCAGCACCCAGUGUGGUAGUGUCUGAUAGUAUGUCACUGCCAUCUUACAAAGACUAUCCUACACACCGUCCAUUCAUUAACACACUUGUGCAUCAUACACCCACAACACGCACACAUCAGUCCUAUGGGUCAUCAUCACCAAGCAAGGCAUUCCCAGAGACCAACAGUGCAGCAAUCCUGUCAGCCUUAAGAAAUCUCCAGGACAAGAUCAGGAGGUUGGAGUUGGAAAAAGCACAUGGAGAGCUAAGUUUGCACACGAUGGGGAAAGAUGUAUCAAACACACAUCUGCAGAAUGAUAGAGUCACACAGAGACUCAAAAACAAUCAGACAAGUGACAAGUCCAAUUGCAACCAAGUCUUAGUCACUCACUUGGCAGCUGCAGAAUCUCGCUGUAUGAAGCUGGAACGACAGCUGGAUCACAUGAGGAGAAUGCUGCGCAAUGCCAAGGCUGACAGGAGCAGCCUCCUCAAACAGCAGGUUGCCAUGGAGACAUCCAAGUCAGCUGACCAACAGACAGACUCACCGUCUGACCUCGCCCAUUUGGAGAAGUUGGAUCGGCUGGAGCAGGAGUAUCUCAGGCUAACACACACACAGAAUAAUGCAGAGAUAAAGAUCCGUGAUCUGGAGUUAAAACUGCAGGAGGAGGAGCACCAAAGAAAACUGGUCCAGGAUAAGGCCAACCAGCUCCAGGCGGGUUUGGAGACCAACAGGAUUCUGCUGCAGUCAGUUUCACCCUGCCUGUCCAGCAGACAAUCCAAAGACAAGAAGUCCAGCUCAAAGAAAUCUUCACCACAGCAGAUGUCUUACACAGAGCCACACUAUAAGCUGAGUCUCAGAGAUGUACCGUUUGUGGCUGGAACGUCAGUAGGCUGCAGCCACUCGGUCAGAGCAAACGUUCAGUCAGUUUUAUCUCUCCUGAAGCAACACCAGCCACAUCUCUGCAACAGUCGUGUCCUUUCUAAAAACCCAAACAGUCCUGAGACAGGUAGCCGUAGCCAUUCCAGUUCCUCUUCUUCCUCCUCCACCAGUGAAGAGGAGCUGUCUGAUCUGCUGCAAGCACUACAGGAGGAACUCCGACUCAUGAGCUUGGAACAGGAUGAGCUGAUGAGGCAGGUGGAUGACAGUGUUUCAGAGCAGGAAAGAAAAGAACUUCAGAGAGAGCAACAGAGGCUGCUACUGAAAAUGGAGAGGAAAGGAGAGCAGAUCAGUAAUCUCUACAAACACAAAGCACAGAUGAAGAAGUUACGGAAAGAAACAAAUACAAGGCGACACAGUAAGAAUGAGGUAAGAGUUACUACUACAGUGUCCACAAGAGGUCACUCUGCAGGAGCACACAGGCUUAAACCAGGAGAGAGAAGCAAGAGGAACCUGAGGCUGCUCAGGGACAUGAAAGCUCUGCAGACCUCCUUACGGACUUGAAACAUGCCUGCUCAUAGACACUGAAAUUGCGUUAAUCUUAUUGGUGCUGCAUACCUACCUGUGAUCGCUAAAUGACCAAAAGAGCUUAGUUUUUCAUUAAAGACAGUAAUGUAUAAACCUGUCAUUAUGUUACUGCACUGUUGUUUCUCAAAAUCAGUGUUUUUCUUUAGACCAGUCUCAACACUACUUUUAGAAAAACGUGGUCUCGACUUUACAUGAUCUUAUCUUGGACAUAAUGGUCUAUGGAUUUCAUGUGAUGAUGGUUAAGAUGAUAAAAAAAAAUGUUUCAAACAUUUCUUUUAGACAUAGGUUUGGCUUUCAUACUUGAAACUUGAAAGAAAAAUAUACUUAUCAGUUUAAUUGCCUUAAAAAUUAUUUUUAAUUCAGUGAUAACAACUAGUUUGAUCAUAUUAUAGCAUAAUUGGUACAGUAUUGGAGAAACUCAUUUCCCAUGACCCCCUUUGUUGUGUUUCCUUGACUACAACACUAUGUUGAUGUACUGAAAUCUCUACAUUUUAAGUCGGACAUCUCCUAUCUUUAUCUUUACCAAACAACCUACAUUACUUUUUGUAAUAAACAAGAUUUAUGUGUUAUCUCAACAGGUUCCUUCAUAUCAAGUAACACUACAAAGUCAGUUUACAUAAUGGAUGGCACCAAAUAGCAAUGAGUACAAAAAUUCACAUACACUGUAUUGAAAAUUGGAGUAAUCUUACAUCAGUUAGGUCCGCUUCCAGCAGAGGGCGUAAAAAUCUCUUGUAUGUAGUGCAGUUCUGUGCUUGGUAAUCUGCACUUGGACUUUAAUAUGGCCCAGACAAUAAAAAUAUAAAAAAUAAUGGUGCUUCUUUUGGUGCCAAAAUCAAAACAGUUACUGUGGGUUGCUUGAUAUUUACAGAUUUGUGACCAUCUUUAAUUGUAUGCAGCAGUUAUUUUUUUCUUUUGUAUCUGAACAAAAUCCAGUGAUCACAAAUACUGUAUGACCUGAUUAUUUCUCUGACAUGUCACCAGGUGUGUGAGUGUAUAUUUCUACAAAUAUUUGCUCAAGAAGUUUGUACAUUUUAUGAGAACCAUGUGUAUUUUUGAAUGAAAUGCUUCCAUCUUCGAAUUAAAGUAUUUAUGUGUAUGUGUU